AUGGCAGCCUUCCCCUUGUCCUUUGUCACCACACUGUUCAGGGGUCCUUUCCCCAUCAAUACGGAGGUGUUUAGCUUUUCCUUGAACCGCUCCUAUAGUAUAUUCGCCCUUUCUUCUGGAAGCGUUUUGGGAACUGCUUUUGAUAGUGUGCCGCUCCUUCCUUCUAGGUUUUGGGAUGCCGAAGACGAUCCAGGAUCGUCCUCGGCUAUAUCUCUAGGCCAUUUGGACUUCCGUUGCAUUUGGGUCACUAUACUCCGAGACUUAUACUUAAGUUUUCGGCUUAUACCUCAAAUCUUCAUUUUGUGGUGUAUGGAAGCUUCAAUCCACAAACUUUGCACCCAUGAAAAUGUGGAUAAUGAGAAGCUUUCUGAAGAAGUGGAAAUGGUGCUUAAAGAGGAGGGUGAUGAGAAUAAGCUAUCUGUGGGAGAGGUGAAGAUAGUGAUGGAGAAACUUGGAACAUUAUGUGAUGGCCACCCUGAUGCUGUAAAUUAUGAAGAGGGGAUGGGUCCAGAUGAGAUUGCAGGGCUGUUUGAGGAGGAGCCAAGUCCAGAGGAAGUGAAAGAAGCAUUUGAUAUUUUUGACGAGAACAAUGAUGGGUUCAUUGAUGCAGGGGAGUUAGGAAGAGUGCUCUGUUCAUUGGGGCUCAUGGAACCUUUGGAAGUGGAAUGCCAAAGGAUGAUCAGAGUCUUUGAUGACAAUGGAGAUGGACGAAUUGAUUUCAAAGAAUUCGUCAAACUUGUGGAGCACAGCUUCUGCUAA